AUAUGAAUCCAUCAAGUAACUCGAAAAAACAAUCAUUUUUACAACUUUUAUCCAAUUCAUUAUUUUUUAAUAAAAAUAAAACAAAAUUUUCAUCAAAUACUGAAAUUAUCAACAUCAAAAAAAUGAACGAAAAAUUACAUGCCUAUGAAAAUUUACUUCAAACAAAUUUUAAGAUUUCAAAAACCUCCAAACUUUCAAUUUCUGACAUGAUAACGCGUGAAUCAUCACAAGCUUUCAAAAAAGAAAAAUUAAAAAAUAUUUCCUUAAACUUUAUCAAAGAACGUUCAAAUUUUAAAUCUGAAUGGAAAUCUAAAUACUUGACAUUGACAACCCAAAUGAAGGUGUUGGAGGAUGAGCUUGAAACACGAAAGAAAGAGUUGGAAGCUACCAAUGCCAAGUUAGACGCAAAAAAAAAUGAAUUGGAUGUCAUCCUAGAUGCACGUAACAAAGAAUUGGUUGCUCAAAUUGAAGAAUUGGAAGCUUCCAAUAACGAAUUAGACUAUCAGAAGAAAGAAAUUGAAACUUCAAAUGUCAACAUUAAUAUACGCAACCAAGAAUUAGAGGCUCUAAAUAAAGAAUUAACUGAACAAACUAAGGAAACAGAAUCUUUAAAUGCCGAGUUAACUGUUAGGACCAAAGAAUUAGAGGCCUCGAAUUACAAGUUAGCUGAACAAAUUAAAGACUUAGAAGCUUUCAACAUCAAGCUAACUUCACAAAUCAAGGAGACAGAGGUUUCCAAUGUUCGGUUAAAUGCACAAAAGAAGGGGUUUGAUGAUUUGACUGUAAAAUUAGAGGCACAAAUGAAGUUAAAUGCUUCCAAUUCCCAGAAGAAGAAAACAAAGACUUCUUAUUCUGAGUUAGCGGCUUACAAGAAUGAUUUGAAUGUUUCCAAUGCUGAGCUGAAUACUAAAAUUAAAGAUUCGGAUGCAAAAUGCUCCGAAAUAACAUUGAAAAAGGUUGAAUCAAAAAAUAAAUUGAUGCAGGAAAUUGAAUAUCCUCUCAAAUCAUCCUUAAAUACACACAUCGAAUUACACCAUGAUCGUGAUAGGUAA